UAUAGUUUUCAAAUUAGUACUUGGUGUUUCUGUAAUAGUUAUUGAUUUGCCUUAAAUGUGUACAUAUUUCUCAAUAAAAUCAAAACAUCAAUAAAAGUAUUUGGCUCCGAAGAAGACGAUUCAAUUAUGGAUUUCUUUUUCCCAAAUUUUGUACUGACAUUAAGAGACGUGACUCUUGACAUUGAAUCCAAAGAUGCCGAUGCCUUUUUAGAAGAAAAGCUAAACAUGAAAAGCGGAGAUGGCAAUAUUUCUGAAGAGUCACUGAAAGAAUACAAUUUUCCAAGAAUGCUUAUAAGACGAUACUUCAAAAGCAGAAAAUGUUUCUUGUUCAGAAAACCGGUGAAACAGAAGCUUAUAAAGAAAUUAUUGACAUUAGAUGAAUCGGAGUUGAAAAAAGAAUUCCAACAAACGCUUGAAGUGUUCCGUGGUUUCAUAUUUUCAUGCAAACCUAAAUCACUUAAGUCUGGAAAGGCAAUUAAUGGACGAAUGUUUUGCACCCUUGUGUUAAAUUAUGUUCAGUCUAAUCGGACCGGAGAUUCUCCAUGUCUCACAAGCGCAAUGGUGUCAAUGGCAGCUUCAGAAAACACCUAUGUAGUGAAAAAGGCCUCCGAAGAAUAUAGAGCCGAAAUGGAGAGACGUAUAGGCUCUCAUACACCGAGUGAAAAGGGUCUUGUAAUCUACCAUAAAGACAGCAUGCGCGCGGCUCUUGAAGUGUUGGAAGCUGGCCUCAUCAUUGAUGACGAGCAAAUAUAUGAAGAAAAAGCAAUGACUUGCUUCAAAGAACAAUUUGAAAAAUUUAAAGAAAUUGUGAAGAAUGAUAUUGAGGAAAGAUGCUGGAAAUUACUUGGACGACUUGAUACCAUGAAAAUACAAAUAAAGAUAAAGAGACAAAAGUAUUGCACACCUACAGGAUACGAUGAGUACAUGAAAGAUGUAGACACCCUGAUAAAACAAUACAACAGAGAAGCUGGAUACAUGGGUUCUGUUGCUAUGAUAGUUCUGCAAGAAUUUCUCGCUAGUAAGUCAAAAGAAGAGGAAGAAAUCUUCUCAAUGGCUCAAGAAGCGCUUGGCGGAAAAGAAGGGCCAGAGAGAAGAAAUAUAAAACAUCUGAGCGUAUUCAGAGUAGAAGACAUAGACAUUUUGAAAGAAGAGGAAGAAGUCGAAGAAGCUAUCCGAGCAGAUAUUGAAAUGCUGCAAAUGAAUGGCCUUCAGAGUAUUGGAGAACAAUAUCUUGACAUGCUCAUAUCAAAAAAAAGGAGAAAUAGAUAGAGUGAAGAAAGAGUUAACUCGGGAUAAUUCUUAUUAUAAGAAACAGUGUAAAGAAACUGACCACUGGAAAAAUAUUUUUGAAAACGCGGCAUUCAGUUUGACCCUUUAUAGGAGCCGGUUAAAACCAGUUGCUGAACAGCAAGGUACGGAAAUGCAAGCCACCGCUUAUGAAGAAACUUCGACUGACGUCAUAGACCCUCUUUUGAACAAAGCUGUCGAGAAAAUUGAGUCAAAAGACGACGGCGACAUGUCAUCGGGAAACGCAAAAGGUGAAAGAGCAGCACCAGAAGGAAAUGAAGCAAUUCGAACAUACAGUGACCCACUUCAAAAAGGAGUUCGGAAAAAACCGGAACAAUGUAACAUUUUGUAAUUUAAACAAAAAUCCUUUGAUAUUGUUUUAGACUUUGGUCAUCACUUACUAUAGAUAAAGGAAAAGGUGAAUGUCAAAUAACGCAUUUUAGAUACUAAAAAAAUGUUGAUUUUAAGCAACACAAAAUUAAAUUAUUUUGUUAUUCAGGGCCGGGUCGAUCAAUUCAUAUAGUUCAAGUGGUUCAAAAUUUAAACAAUCAAAAUUUGAUACCAGUGUGAAAGGAUCUAAUUACUUCAAUCGCUAUAGAUUUUUACUUAUAUUAUUAAGUGUUAUUUAGACAGAAAUAGAUAAUAGAGAGUUGGCUUUAUCUAUAUGUAUAAUUUCACUGAUCAGAACAUGCUAAUGAUUGUACAUGCUAUUUUUUUGUUUUUGUUUGUUUGUUGCUGUUCAUUUUGCUGUUGUUUUUUUUUGUUUUUGUUAUUUUUUGGGGGGUUUAUUUUUAACUGUUGAUGUUUCUUUUUGCAUUUUUGAUAAUUUUGUUUCAUGGAUAUGUUUUAACGGUUUUGAACUAUAGAUGUUUGUUUUGAAGAGUUUUAAGGCAAAAAAACCCUUUUAAAUGUGUGAAUUAAAGAUGGAAACGGUUGUUUUAUAAGGGAGCUCCACUAAGGUAAAAAAGUCUAAAAACAUAAAUUAUUACUUUUACAUAGAUCAAAUGAAGCACUUUAAAUGGAAACAACUGCCAGGGGUAAUACAGAAAUGUACAUAGAAUACAUUGAAUUGAAAAUCGAUUGCUAUUACAAUGUUGUGCUCAAUAUGAGUAAAAAGCGUUGCAUUUUUUUGGUCAUUUUAUACAAUAAAAGUUGUUUUACUGGACAAACGUGGUGUAGGGAUGAUCUAUAAUUUACACAAUGUCCUUGGAUCACAUCUUUUUUUAAAUGUAACAUUAAACAUAAAUCUCGGAACAUUAUUUCCAAUCAUGUCUAAAAAAUCUCAGUGGAGACCCCCACUCCUAAACAAUUUAAAAAAAAAACA